ACACUCUUCUGCUUCCUGCCUGCCUGCCUUGCUUGCUCGCUCGCUUGCUCCGUGGUUGAGAAAAAGAGAGAGAGAGAGAGAGAGACAUAUCGAGAGAAAAUCCCUGUCUAGGCAUGGACCUCGGAGUGCAGCACUCGGCAGCUCGCGAGGAAUGACAACAGUUCACAUGGUCAUUAACUCCAGUCGCUGAGGCUGAAGGGAAGGCUGUGCUGUAGCUCAGUGUCACAGAAGCACCGGGGGCCUCCUUGUCUCGGGACAGCAGACAGACAGAGGCACACAGCUGAGUUACGGGACCCAGGGAAACAAGCGAUUGGCUCUCUCCCUGGGGAGAUGCUGUGAAAUUAAAUCCUGCCUUGGAGAGUGGAGCCUGGGCGUCAGUACGAUUGGGCGAGGAAGCGUCUCAUCUCAUUUCACAUGAUCAGCACCUAAGUGGGACAAUAUGAUUAGAUCACAGACAGAAAGUGCCUUGUAAGACAACAUCCUUACUUGAAGAUCCCUGGGCGUUUCUGAAGAGCUCCAGAUUUUUCCCUCUGCAGUUGUGAGAGGACUCAGCCGAUCUUCUGACCUGUUUGUUUGUCCUUACCUGUGCUCAGUGCGAAGAAACCCAAAGUGAAGCAGUGGACUCCUACUGCACGGCUGGCCAAGGUGCCAAAGCUCAGAGAGCACGUACUGAAGACAUUUAAACAAUAGAAAGACACAAACGUGUUUUAAACUGUGCCGUUGCACCUCAAAAUAGCACCACUUCUGCUCUCCAACAUCCACCCUGGCACAGAUAUCAUCACUCAUAGAAAGGUUUUCGGGUACAUUGGUACAACCAGUAGAGUUUGUCUCUGAGCAUGUCCCCUCUGGCUUGUCAGAGGUCUGCACCUGAGACUUACUGAUUGAUGAACAAUUAGCAGCAGUGCACUCCCAUGCUCCGGUCACAGAGACUUUGCCAGUCCAUUACCUACACAAACCUCAUCCACUGACCUGAAGCAGAUCAUUUAUAGCUGCAUGUUCCACCAGUUUUAGUUGCUGCGUGUUUUAUUUUUUUAACUGGAACACUCUGUAACACCUCCUCAGAGGAUAGCCUCCUCCUAAAACCAAGUGGCUCCACUCCACCCUAGCUCCACAGCCAGUGCUGCUGAGAUGGCUCUAAACAUUGCCUCGAUACGGGACACAAAAUGGCUGACCCUGGAAGUGUGCCGGCAGUUUCAGAGAGGGACUUGUUCACGCAGUGAUGAGGAAUGCAAAUUUGCCCACCCACCCAAAAGCUGCCAGGUGGAGAAUGGAAGGGUCAUCGCCUGUUUUGACUCGUUAAAGGGUCGAUGCACGCGAGAGAACUGCAAAUACCUGCACCCGCCCGCUCACCUGAAGACCCAGCUGGAGAUCAAUGGGCGAAAUAACCUGAUCCAGCAGAAGACAGCCGCCGCCAUGUUGGCUCAACAGAUGCAGUUCAUGAUCCCGGGCACCACCAUGCAACCUGUGGUUAGUGCUGGUCUUUUUGCUAUGCAGACGUUUCCAGUGAGCCAGGGCCUGGGUUCCAGCGCAGGUUUGAGCUACGCACCCUACCUGACUCCAAUGUCCCACAGCAUGGGCCUGGUGCCCACAGACAUCCUGCCCAACACCCCCUGUAUGGUCCCCGGCAGCCCGCCUGUCUCCGUGACCGGUGGCUCUUCCUCCAACCAGAAACUGCUGCGUACCGACAAGCUGGAGGUUUGCCGUGAGUUCCAGCGGGGCAACUGUGCUCGCGGGGAGACCGACUGCCGCUUUGCUCACCCCAGCGACAGCCCCAUGAUUGACACCAGCGAUAACACGGUCACCGUCUGCAUGGACUACAUCAAGAGCCGCUGCUCCCGCGAGAAGUGCAAGUACUUCCACCCCCCGGCCCACCUGCAGGCCAAGAUUAAGGCUGCCCAACACCAGGCCAACCAGACAGCUGUGGCAGCGCAAGCCGCCGCCACAGCUGCAGCCAUGACUCAGUCGACUGCCAAAGCAAUGAAGCGACCCCUCGAGGCAACUGUAGACCUGGCGUUCCCCCACGGCGUCCUCCAGCCCCUACCAAAGAGACAAGCACUUGAGAAGAGCAACGGCUCCCUGUUCAACCCCAGUGUUUUGCACUACCAGCAGGCGCUGGCCAACGCACAGCUCCAGCAGCCCACUUUCUUUCCCACAGGGUCAGUCUUGUGCAUGACUCCUGCUAGCAGUCUUGAUUAUCCUGAAGUAAGUUUCAGGAAGGAAAUGGAGUGUUACGAAGCUGCACUAGGAAACCCAAAACAGUCCCUGUGUAAAUACUACCUUACCUCUCCCAUAGAGGUCCAGCAACCUGCAUGCUAAGAGUCUAACUCUUCAAUUUAACCGUAAGAACUGCAGUGCCGGUGUAACACACACACACACAUUUAAAAAGAAAAAAAAAGAAGAUAUAUACUGUACGUAUUGCUAGAAAAAAAAACUAUUAACAUGGAAAAAGUCAAAAAUAUUCUUAUGUAUAGUACCACAUACAUAGCAGACACACUAUAUAGGUCAUUUUAACAACUGUUCUCCCAAAGUACCGUGGACCCCCUCUCUUUCAUAUUUAUUCAAAAACAACGCUGCACAAUGUUCAUCCCUUUGGUUAGUAAAACAAAAAAGAUGCUUGAUUUGCACUAUAGGAGACAUAUAUAGUGCUUAAUGUUUUAGUGGAAAACAGGAAGAGUCACAGAAAACCCGUGCACAACCACACCAACUCACUCGGCGCUUUCAAGAGUGUUCUUGUCUUGCGGUCUUUGCUUUUCUCUCUACAAAGUUGAAUGUCCUUGGGGCAGACAGGCUCAGUGACUGUCCCUGCGAGGGGGUACCUCUGUGACCCCCAUCUGCCCCAGAUGCUGUUAAGAUGCCAUGAUGAAGCUUAUGCUCCCCUACCCUACUGCCAACUUCUCAUCUCCGGAAACAUCUUGCCAAAGUUGAAGAGGUCGGUGGAAUCAACCUGCCAGAAAGCAGAGCCACAUUUUAACACCCUGAUAAUAAUUUUUUAUUUUUUUUUCCUUCACUUUUGCCAUCGCGAAAGCUGCUCACAACGCACCCUUUAUUUGUUUCGGUGCUGGGUUCAGUUCUUUGUUCAGGAGGAGUGGCGGGAUAGAUUGUGCACGGAUUUUUGCAUGCAGUUGGGACUGGGGAAGACAGUGCCCAGUGUUGACACAAGAUAGUCAUGGCCAUUACCGAACAGCCUAAAGGCUCGGGUCUGUGCCAAUGGCUUAACCAAGCUUGAGGGUUUUGUUCCAGACAUACCAAGCCUUUUGUGUGUGUGUGCAUGUGCGUCAUGGAUCUGGAGACUGAUGGUCUGCCGGCAGACUGGGACUUAAAGCGAGGUCUUGCAGGUGAUGACAACACCAGGCCUGGUAGGAGAGGUUUUUUGGGGGGUGGGUGAGGGACUUAAGUGCUAAGACUAAACAGAAAAACGGUGCAUUUGACGACGCUCGUCAAGCAAAAGAUGACUUGAACUUCGACUGGAGGGCUAUCUGUGACCAUCGGUUGUCCUGUCCAACCCUACUAUCACCGAUAAUCCUGUUCCAUUUUAGAAAACUGUAGAAGUGCCUAAAAAAUGCUCAUCAACAACACAUUCAUCCAGAGUGUAUCACUAAAAGUCACAGACACAACAUACCGGCUGUCAGAAAUUACAUGGACCUUUUGGGAAAGACAUCACAUUUCAUGAAUCGUAACUAGGAAACCGUUUCCUAGUUACCGUUCAUUAACAUCACAAGUGACUUUAUCGAAACGAAAAGAAGUAAAAUAAACGACAAAUCAAAAUAGCUUUGUAGAAUGUCUGGUGAUUUUCAUGGUGUCCCAUCGUUUCCUACCAUGGUUUGAGUAGUUGACAUGAGGAACGUGAGUGAGAAAAAAAAUGUAUUGUAAACUGUGUAAUGUAUGUAAAGUCUUAUUUUGAGAGUUUAUAUCCAUGGUUCUAGAAAUGUACUCAAAGUUAUUUAAAGAUUUGUGUUGUGUCUACUAUCAAGGUAUUUUUGGACCCCCCCCCCCCCAAACCAUUCACCAUCUCCACCUCUAUCCAAAACAAUCAUUUGUCUUUUAAUAUUUUUAGAUCAACCCUCUCAUUAUUAAUUUUUUUUUCUUUUUGCAUAUUUUGAAUCUGCGUGUUUUUACUCAAACUAAAUCUUAUUUCCCAUAUUUCAAAAACUUUGAUGUAAUUUCAUGGUGCUUGAUUAACAUUGACAAUCCCCAAUCAUACCUUGGAACAGGAGUGCUUCACUCUGGUUUCACUUCCAUUCACUCUGAUUGUCUCCACAUGCAUUAUGAUUUGUAUGUAAUAUUUGUGGAAGGUGGUAAAAGUUUUAUUUUGUUGUAAUUUAUCUUAUGUCACUCUUGGUCAAAUUUUAGUCAAAAACAAUGUUGUUAACUAUUCUAUUUUGAAAUGAAUGUAAUUUAUUGAGCUGUGCUACGUUCUGCACGGUUGGUCAUUUCAAGGUCUAACCUGUCAGGUCAGCGAAUGAGAAGUCGCACACAUUUGAGGGGUGGGGUUUAAAAGUCAGCCCACCAAUAGAAAGCUACUGGAUCUUUCUUGCCUUCUCAUCGAUAAAAGGAUCACGGUGUUGCAGUAAUGAGCAUAGUUAUAGAGUUGCUUGUGUUGUUGG